AUGGGUCAAACGCAAAGCAUUUCGGCAGAGAUUGAAAUCCAGGCCCCGCCGUCGGCCGUGAGAUCAGUGUUUCUGGAGUUCAGCAAAUACAAGCAGUGGAGUCAGAAGUGGACUAUCGAGCCGACUGAGCCGGGCAAGGAUCCCUGGGAGCUCAAGGAUGGCGAUAAGAUCAAGGUUGACAUGGGAGGGAUGGCAUUCAGCCCAGUCAUCGUGGAAAACACAAGUGAGACGCUCCAUUGGGUGGGGUCAGUUCCGCUCUUGUUCACUGGCAAACAUGAGUUUUGGUUCAAUCCGAGUGAGCAAAACUCUGGGGGCACCAGGUUCAUUCAGGUCGAGGAGAUUCGUGGCCUCUUGGCAUUUAUUAUGGCACCAAUGUGGGGUUUCAGGCAGAAGGUUCUUGUUGGAUGGAACCAGUUCAAUGAUGAUCUGAAGAAAGAAGUCGAGAGUCGCCCGUUCUGA